AUGCGCGAAGAUGCGACCGACGCGAGGGCACCAUAUAUGCGACUCAACGUGUCGGCCUGCUUCGAUUACUACAGUCACUACUUCACACCACAAGGUAACGGUUUCUUAUUCGUCAAGAACCAAAGCAUCCAGUAUCCACCCAACGAUAGUCUGCUUCUGUACGUCUCUGUAAUCCCCAGGAGGGAUGAUUGGGCCAAGAACCUCUGGGCUUUUGGCAACGGGACUUUUCCCAAACAUGCAAAGAUCACGACAUCGCGACCCUCGCCAGUAAAAAAAUGGCUUGUCGGGAAACCAGCGUACGAGGUAGACCACUGCCUGGUCCAACAACCUCCCUGGUCUGAGAAGCGAUGCCAGCUGGAAUACUCCCCUUGGAUUUUGUGGGCAUGCUGUCUCUCUAAUCUGAUCAAGUUGCUGGUCAUGAUCAGUAUAUGGUUUGCUUCUCGAAGAUCCGCGGCCGAAAAGGGCGGUCGGCGCAGUAUGUCGGGAAUAGAGCAGCCACUGUGCACUCUUGGAGAUGCUAUAGCAUCUUUCAUGAGAAAGCCAGACCAUACGACAGAGGGCAUGAGUACCACAACAAUGAAUGACUUCCAGGCGCCUGUGAUGUCACGGCAUUUUGGGCCAAGGAACAAGCAGUCGCCUCACCUGCGUGGGCCCCGGCCGUGGUAUCCAGGACCAAAGCAGUGGAGACACGCCGUCAGUCUAGAGCGCUGGUUAUGGUUUCUUCUCGGCCUUAAGUUACGUCACAUCAGCACGUCGGUAUCCUCCUUCUGGUCCAUGGGGCUUGGAGAGCUUCGAGACUACACCUUCAUCUACAUCUGCUACCCUCGGGAUGAUCCGUGGGGCCUGAUCUCAAACGUACUCUUGGCCAACAUCCCGCAGCUCGUAGCGUCCAUUUUCUACCUUUCCUACAACGGAAUGUUGACUAUGUUCCUGGUUCAAUUCGAGUUCAGCAGUAUGUACAAGACACGGAAGUCGCUGCGCGUGUCCGAGCCUGCAGGCACUCAGCGAUCGAGCUACCCUAUCUCUUUACCUUUCCGGUACGGGAUCCCGCUGUCUAUCUCAUCUGGUGUCAUGAGCUGGCUGCUCUCUCAAAGCCUGUUCCUCGCACGAAUCACGGCGCUUCAUCCAGACGGCACAUCCGAUCGCGUCAAUUCAUUUUCUUCAACUGGCUAUAGUCCCAUAGCGAUCUUCUUUGCCCUACUCCUUGCCACUGUCCAAGUCGUCGCCGUCCUUGCUCUCAGCUUGCGCAAGUAUACAGAGCCAAUGAGUCUAGUCUCCACCAAUAGCCGGGCAAUCAGUGCUGCAUGCCAUGUGCUCCCAGAGGAGGUCAAAGAUAGCUACUUACUACCAAUAAGAUGGGCUGUGGUCGAAGUGGAUGAGUUCGCAGUCCGUCACUGUGCGUUCACGACGAAGCCAGAUAGCGAGAUCCAUGACCUUGAGCCUGGGCGUUUGUACCGUUGA